UUGACAGUUUGUUUAUUGUUUUUUGGCGACAUUUGGCGUUGUUUUCUGUGUUUCUCUUCUCUUUCUGUCUCUGGUUCUGGUUUUUGUAGAAGAAAGUGUGAAAUGUGAUAGAAGAAAAAAAGCAAGAUCGUCUCAAAUAUUUUGCAUUUUGAUUUAAGCAACAAUCAUAGAUAUACACUGUAUAAAGUUUACUGUAGGACACAGAACCCAAAUCCAAAUAAAUGAAGAAUAAAAAUGGAAUUAAAGGAUGAUAAAAAUGAAUUAUCUCAUAUAAAAUGCAAAAUCAAAACAGAAACUGAUGAUGAGGAUUACAAAGAUACUCCGGUUUCAAUUAAAAAUCAACUGAAACAAGAAAUGCUUGACGAACUUAAUGAUAGAGUUGAAGAUCCCAUUGAUAAAGUUGACAACAUUGAUGAUUCAAAGAUUUGGUUCAAUCAAAUCAAUACAACAGUUUUCAUUGAAGAUGUUAAAACGGAGGAAAUUCAGAAACAAAAUAUGAAUUGCAAUGAGUUAGAUUUGAAUGAAGAACAUCAGACAAGUCAGCAUGGUUCUCUUCAAGGUGUGGUUAAAACUAAAUCUGAAAAAUCUUUGGCCGCAUACACCAGACCAAAAUCGUACAAAUGUGAAACAUGUUUAAAGGAUUUUACGGUAUCGAGGUAUUUAAAAAGACAUUUAAAAGUGCACACUGGCGAAAAGUCUUACAUGUGUGAAAUUUGUUUUAAGCAAUUUAGUGAAGCUGGCAGUCAUUUGAUAAUACACACUGGAGGAACGCAUUACAGGUGUGAAAUUUGUUCUAAGCCGUUUAAAUCAAAAGGUAGCUUGAAACUUCAUUUGAGAGUGCACACUGGAGAAAAGCCUUAUCAGUGUGAAAUUUGUUUUAAGCAGUUUGUCAGAGCAAGUGUUUUGAAAGUACAUCUGAAAAUACACACUGGAGAAAGACCUCAUAAGUGUGAAAUUUGUUCUAAGCAAUUUAGUGAAAAUAUGUGUUUGAAAAAGCAUUUAAGGAUACACACUGGAGAAAAGCCUUAUAAGUGUAAAAUUUGUUUUAAGCAAUUUAGUCAAGAAGGAAGUUUGAAAAUUCAUUUGAGAAUGCACACUGGAGAAAAGCCUUAUAAGUGUGAACUUUGUUUUAAGCAAUUUAGUCAAGAAGGAAGUUUGAAAAUUCAUUUGAGAAUGCACACUGGAGAAAAACCUUAUAAGUGUGAAAUUUGUUUUAAGCAGUUUACUCAAAUAGGUCAGUUGAAAGAACAUAACAAAACGCACACUGGGGUAAAACCUUACAAGUGUGAAAUUUGUUUGAAACAGUUUAGUCGAGAUGGAAGUUUAAAAAGGCAUUUGAGAGUACACACUGGAGAAAAACUGCAUAAGUGUGGAAUUUGUUUUAAGCUAUUUAGUGAAUCUGGAGAUUUGAAAAGGCAUUUGGUAAUACACACUGCAGAAAAACCUUACAAGUGUCAGAUUUGUUCUAAACUAUUUAGUCAUGAUAGAAGUUUGAAAAAGCAUUUAAGGAUACACUCUGGAGAAAAGAUUUUUAAUUGUGAAAUUUGUUGUAAGCAGUUUACUUCAGCAAGUAAUUUGACAACACAUUUGAAAUUGCACACUGGUUAAAAACACAAUUGAGGGGAUUAGAUGCUAAGAGGUACAAGUGAUAAAAUGGUUUAGUUGAGAAAAACGAAGUCAAAGUUAAAUUUGUAUAGUAAAUUCUAUAACGAAUUAAUCACUUAUGGACUUAUUUUGAAUUUAUUUUAUACAUUUUAUUUAUCUAAUUGUAAAAGCUUUUGUAAAGUUUGUGUUUUUUUUCAUUCAAAAUGUUUGAAAUUUUUAAAAAACGUUCGCACUUGUACCGCUUUGCUUCAAAUUUUGCACUUGUUUCUCUUUGCCACUUAAUACUCUGUCACUUUUUGAUAUCCAAUACCAUACAAGCAACGGAAUACAAGUGUAGUUAUACCUGUUUGCCGCACUCUUUUUAAAUAUUUUGUAAGUAGUCAAACCAGAACCUGCGAUAUGUCGCCUCCAGUUUACUUCACCUGUAUCUCUUUGCCUCUAAAUUUUUAGUACUAUCUAGUAUGUAUUAUUUUGUGCACUUAACUCAGUUUACAAUAUUUUGUCACUUGUAUCCCUUAGCAUCUAAUCCCCUCAAUUAUUGUGAAAAAGGGUUUACUCUACCAAGCAAUUUGAAACAGCAUACUAUAAAAUUUUGCACGGAAAUAAACCAGAAAAUUUGAAAAACCAUUUAGCAAUAUACGCUGCAUAAACCUUACAAGAGAAAUGUUAUACAGUAUGUCCCUGUAAGUUGUAUCUGUUACCGUAAAAAUUAAUCGCCAAAACUGAGGCUUAUUUUGAGGCUAAAGACAAAUUGUAUUAUAAAAAUGGUAUUGAAAAGUUGUAUGACCGCCAUAAUCGUUGUAUCACCCUCGAAGGUAACUAUAUUGAAUAAUAAAAUCAAAUUUUAUCAAAAAAAAUGUCUUUCUAUGUUAGCCUACGAACUUUUCAGCCCGCCUGUUAUUAUUAAUUUUAUGAAAGAAAGUGAUUCUUAAUAAAAAGUUCUGCAUGGUCUAAAACCUAAAAUACAACCAUCUUAUAUCAAAUUUUAUCAAUUUUAUACGAGGGAUGUCAAAAAAGAUAAAUUUAGAUCAAAAGUAAAGCAACUUUAUAGUUCAGAAUAUUUCAAUUAGAAGGAUGUAAUUACAUAUUAAAACAUAAUUUUUAAUUCUAAACAGCUUUUCAUAAUAACAAUUUUCGAUAUUGUGAAAAUAAAGGUAUUUUACUCUUUAGCGAAAUUCAUAUUGUUUGACAUACCCCUAUAAAAUUGAUAAAAUUUGAUAUAAGGUGGUUGUAUUUUAGGUUUUAGACUUUUUUCUGAGUUGAAAAGAGUUAUUUUAAUUGAAAUAACUGAAUAUAGUAAUGUUGGUUAUAUACAUAUUUAAUAAUUAAAAAAAAAAUUCAAAACUUUUUUUUUAUUAGAAGAAUGUAGUUGCAUAUAGUUCUUGAUUCCAAACAACUUUUCUUAAUAACAAUUUUCAAUACUGUAAAAAAUAAAGUACGCGUCCGCGGACGGCAUCUGCGUAUGCAUCCGCAGAUGUGUAGAUGGGGUAAUUUGAUCGUUUGUUGUUUAUAUAUCACGUCGGCGGAUGCGUCUGUGAAAUAUCCGAUUUUUGUCGGUUUUCCUAGCACAGAUCAAAGGUGCGAACGCCCGAUGCCUCUCCACACAUCUCAUCUCUGACCUCUACGACGCAUUAGUUUUCGCAGUUAAUUCAAAGUAGAUAUUGCGUCACCCGAGAAUUAACACAGACUGAACGAUUUACAGAUGUGUACCUACAGAUGUGUGGUCAGCUCGUGAUGAUACAUCGGCAGACGCGUCUGUUGAUGUGUAGAGGAGGCAUAACAUAUGUCUUAUAAAUGCGCUCUUUGCUUUCGGUGCUCAUAUAUUUAUUCCGCCAGAUUAUAUCCCUCAGGAAACCAGAUAUUCUUGCUGCUUUCGUUGCCUGCUGUUUUGUUUCUUGCCACAGAAGCCUGUCGCUAGAUAUUUCCACAUCCAAGUAUCUACAAUCCAUUACCUGUUCGAUUAUAUGGUCUUCUUCCUUUUUAGGUACCGUCUCCUCUAAGGAGGUUGGUAAUCAUCACAGCUAUUUUCACUUUUGAGAUUGCAGCUCUGAACAAAUCAAUGGAACUGCAAUUAUACCACUUUCUCAGAUUUUUGAGCAAGGAGAUGCGUCUUCUUCCAAUACCCCGUUUUCCCUGUAUUUUUCCCUGCAUUAUCGUUUGUAGCAACACAGAUUUAUCACCUCUCAUAACGUGUCGUCCACUCAUUACAUGGAAAGAAACGAAAUAAUAAAAUAAAACGAAAUAAUAAAAAUAAGAAACAAACAAGCUGAAAAUGCGAGCAGUGCCAUAACGAAAACUUUGUAUAUUUACGUAUUUUAAUUCAUAAUAUGGAAAAUUUCUAUUAUGAAAAGUAGUUUAGAAUUAAUAAUUAUGUUUUAAUGUGCAAUUAUAUCAUUCUAAUUUAAAUGUUAUGAACUAUAAAGGUAGUUUACUCUUGAUCGAAAUUCCUAUGUUUUAUAUACCUCGUAUAAAAUAAAAUUUUAUACAAGGUGUCCCAAAAGUAGUGGAACGGUCGAAUAUUUGGCGAACUGAACAUCGGAUCGAAAAACUGAAAAAUACGUGUUCAAUC